AUGUCUGCCACAACUUUCCCCAUAUUAGGCUAUUAUAAAGCCCGGGGUUUUGGUCAACCCAUACGACUGCUGCUGAACUAUGCGGGCGUCAAAUUCAUCGACAAAUAUUACGACAGACCGGGCGCUGAUAAUUUGGAAGCGUUUAAAGGUGAUUGGUUUAAAGUGAAAUUUACCCUGGGCCUCGAUUUUCCAAACGUACCAUACUAUAUGGACGGUGAGCUUAAACUAACACAGAGUACAGCCAUUAUGCGACACUUGGCCCGAAAGCACGGACUGGUGGCCACCGACGAGACCGGACUCAUACGCCAGGAUGUGUUGGAGCAACAGUUGGCGGACAUUGGAAGCGGUUACGCUAUUUUAUUGCGAAGCAACGACUAUGAGAUUGAAAAAGUUAAAUAUAUCGCCAAAACACUGACCCCACAGUUGGACGAGUUGUCCCGGUUUUUGGGUACCCGUCAGUGGUUUACCGGUAAUCACAUUAAUUAUGUAGACUUCUUGGCGUACGAACAGUUGGAUCGUUUCCGUCUCUUCAGUCCCGAUACCAUCGAUAAGUACCAGAAUUUGGUUCAAUUGUUGACCCGUUUUGAGAGUUUACCGGCGAUUAAGGCAUACAUGAAAUCACCGGAGUUUAUAAGUUGGCCAAUCGCUGGACCGGCCUAUCCGUGGGGUUUCAAAAGAUAG